CGGCCAGGUGGCGAACGCGGGCGGGGCUCACCCCGGAGGAAGGGGAGGGGAUGUUGGCCUCCCACAGCUGAGGUGUACCGUGUGCGCCGUGACGCUCCAGCGUGUACUCGGAAGCGCGGGAGUGAAGUGUGUAGAAUUGGGGUGUAUCCUGGAUGCCUGGGUUCCAGGCCGUGCUGUGGUGGCGCUCCGCAAGUCAUCCAGCUGGAGACCCGUUGAACUGGCUCUUCUCCGGACUUCCCCCUCGCCAUUCCCAAUUGCUGUGAAACAAAUUUUCUUUUUAUUUUAAUCCUCACUCGAGAGAGAGAGAGAGAAAGAGAGAAAAAGAAACAUGAUGUGAGAGAGAAACAUCGAUGGGCUGCUUCCUGUAUGAGCCCUGACCAGGGAUCGAACCCACAACCUAGAGAGAGGGAGAGAGAGGAGAGAGAGAAUUAAUGUGAGAGAAACAUCGACCCGCAGCCCCUCACCUGUGCCCCAACUGGGGACCAAACCUGCAACCUGGAUUUUGCAACAGAUCCUUUUAAAGAUGAAUGAAGAAAAAUUGGAAACUCUACAUCAGCGGAAACUUACUGAAUGGAUGUCUAUGCAGAAUAAGAGAUGUGCUAUUGAAGAAAGGCAGGCGUCUGUUCAGAAGAGUGUUUUUGAAGAUGGCCUUCCAUUCUUGGAAUUCACUGGAUCCAUCGUAUACAGCUAUGAACCUAAUGACUGUUCUUUCCUGUCAGAAGAUAUUAGAAUGAGUCUUUCUGAGGGAGACGUGAUAGGAUUUGACAUGGAAUGGCCCCCGAUAUACCGCAAAGGGAAACUGAGCCGAGUUGCAUUAAUUCAGUUGUGUGUGUCGGAGAGCAAAUGUUACUUGUUUCAUAUUUCCUCUAUGUCAGUUUUUCCUCAGGGAUUAAAAAUGUUGCUUGAAAAUGAAGCAGUUAAAAAGGCAGGUGUUGGAAUUGAAGGAGAUCAGUGGAAACUUCUACGGGACUUUGACAUCAAAUUGAAGGGUUUUGUGGAACUAACAGAUGUUGCCAAUGAAAAGCUAAAAUCUGCAGAGUCUUGGAGCCUCAAUGGUUUGGUGAAACACCUCUUUGGUAAACAGCUUCGGAAAGACCGUGCCCUCCGCUGCAGCAACUGGAAAAACUAUCCCCUCACCGAGGACCAGAAACUGUACGCAGCCACUGAUGCUUAUGCUGGUCUCAUCAUUUAUCAGAAAUUAGAAAUUUUGAGUGAUGCUGCGCAAUUGUUUUCAAUAAAUAAAGAAGAAGAAGUAACACCUAGUGAUGUGAGGACGCAGUUGACAGCAAUGUCUGAGGACAUGGUGGGUCUGGCUAAGCAUCUGCCUGACACUGUCAGGAAACUGGAAAAUCCACAGAGGGUUUCUAUACUAUUGAAGGAUAUUUCAGAAAAUCUAUGUUCCCUGAGAAAGGCGAUACUUGGUUCUGCAGAGACUGACCUGAGGCCCAGCAGUAAUUUUAACUUGCUGCCUUUGGAAGGCCCAGCUGCUAGUGGAGUGCAACAAAAACAAAUUAGAGAAGAUAAAGUUUUUCCUGAAAAAGAGGAGACAUGGGACCCAGCAUUUGAUAAUUUAUUUAUGCACGAUGAAGAAAUUAUGCUUGGAAAUGAAGUGAAACAAGAAGACGGCUUUGAAGAUGGGCUGGAAGACAAUAAGUUGAAAGAGGAUACAGAAGGAAUGUGUUUGAUGUCAUUGGGUGUUACAGAAUAUGAACUCCAAGUUUUGGAACAGCAGGCUCAAGAAAAACAUCUUAGUGAUGUUACGUGCAACUCUGAGGAUAAUGAAGAAGAUACGUCUUAUAUAAUUGAAAGUGAUGAAGAUUUAGAAAUGGAGAUGCUUAAGUCUUUAGAAAACCUAAGCAGGGCCAGAGUCGAUCCAAUUUAUUCAAAAUGCACAGAAGUGGAAAAAAAUCUGAAUGAUUCUGUUAAAGAAGAUGAAGAUGAGGAUGAAGCUGAUGAAGAUGAGAAUGAAGCUAUUGAAGAGGAAGAAGAAGAAAAUGAAAAUCAUUCAAUACCAGGACCAAAUGCAGAGCAAAUUAUUUGCCUCAAGUCUUACUUUGGCCAUUCCAGGUUUAAGCCGGUUCAGUGGAAAGUGAUUUAUUCUGUACUGAAAGAACGAAGAGAUAAUGUUGUUGUCAUGGCAACUGGCUAUGGGAAGAGUCUGUGCUUCCAGUACCCGCCGGUUUAUGUAGGCGGGAUUGGCAUCGUCAUCUCUCCUCUGAUUUCCUUGAUGGAGGACCAAGUACUCCAGCUCGGAAUGUCCAACAUUUCAGCUUGUUUUCUGGGAUCAGCACAGUCAAAACAUAUUCUAGAGGAUGUAAAAUCAGGCAAAUACCAGAUUGUGUACUUAACUCCAGAAUUCUGUUUGGGUAACUUGUACCUCCUCCAGGAACUUGAAACCAUGCUUGGCAUCACACUGAUUGCUGUGGAUGAGGCUCACUGUAUUUCCGAGUGGGGACAUGACUUUAGAAAUUCAUUCAGGGCUUUGGGCUCCUUGAAGGCAGAAUUCCCAUCGGUUCCAAUAGUUGCUCUCACUGCUACUGCAAGUUCCUCCGUCCGGGAAGACAUUGUACAUUGCUUAAACUUGAAGAAUCCUCUGAUUACCUGUACUAGUUUUGAUAGACCAAACUUGUAUUUAGAAGUUGGACGAAAAACAGGAUACAUUCUUCAGGAUCUGAAGCAAUUUCUUGUCCAAAAAACAAGUACUACCUGGGAAUUUGAAGGACCAACUAUCAUCUAUUGUCCUUCCAGAAAAAUGACAGAACAAGUUACAGCUGAACUUAGGAAACUGAACUUAGCCUGUGGAACAUACCAUGCAGGCAUGAACCUUAGCUCAAGGAAAGAGGUUCAUCACAGCUUCAUGAGAGAUGAAAUUCAGUGCGUUGUAGCCACCAUUGCUUUUGGAAUGGGCAUUAACAAAGCCGACGUUCGCAAGAUCAUUCAUUACGGUGCUCCCAAGGAAAUGGAAUCGUAUUACCAGGAGAUCGGUAGAGCUGGCCGGGAUGGACUUCCCAGUUCUUGUCACGUCCUCUGGGCUCCAGCAGACAUGAACCUAAAUAGGCAGCGCCUUAAUGAGCUACAAAAAGAAGCAUUUCGAUUAUACAAAUUAAAGAUGGUGGCCAAGAUGGAAAAAUAUCUUCGGUCCAGCAGAUGUAGGCGGCAAAUCAUCUUGUCUCAUUUUGAAGACAAACAACUACGAAAGGCCUCCGUGGGUAUUAUGGGAACUGAAAACUGCUGUGAUAAUUGCAAGUUCAGAUUGGAUCAUUGCUUAGUCAUCGAUGACUCAGAUGAUGUGUCUUGGGACUUUGGGCCACAAGCAUUCCAGCUGUUAUCUGCCAUCAGCGUCUUAGGAGAAAUGUUUGGAAUUGGGGUUCCAAUUUUAUUUCUCCGAGGAUCUACGUCACAGCGUCUUCCGGAUCAUUACCGCACUCACAGAUUGUUUGGCUCCGGCAAGGAGCAGACGGUGAGUUGGUGGAGGACUCUGUCCCAUCAGCUCAAGGCUGAGGGGUUCCUGGUGGAAGUUCCUGGGCGUGGCAAGUUCAUAAAGAUCUGCACCCUGACAAAAAAGGGUAAAAACUGGCUUCAUAAAGCCAGCACAGAAUCUCCUCAGAGGCUUAUCCUUCAGGCUAAUGAAGAAUUGUGUCCAAGGAUGUUUCCUCCACCAAGUUCUGGAACUGCAUCUUCAGGCACCGCACAGUGUUUGUCCCAUCAAGUACCGAUUGAAUUCACUGCAGAGAGGAAGCAGUCUAACUUGGAGAAGAUGUAUUCCUACAAAGCAUUUCAUAAAAUUUCUUCUGGAAGUAACAUUCCUACAAAAAGCAUCAUGGUACAGUCACCAGGAAAAUCUUACAAGUCUUCAGAACCUGUUAUUUCAGCCAAGGAGCAGGAGACUCAGACUGUGCUAUAUGGCAAAUUGAUAGAAGCUAGACAGAAACAUGCCCAUAAAUUGAACGUUCCUCCCGCUGUUCUGGCAACGAAUAAGAUACUGGUAGAUAUGGCCAAAAUGAGACCGACUACAGAUGGAAACGUGAAGAGGAUCGAGGGUGUUUCCGAAGGCAAAGCUACGAUGCUGGCCCCUCUGUUGGAAGUCAUCAAACAGUUCUGUCAAACAAACAGUGUUCAGACAGACCUCUUUUCAAGUACAAAACCACAGGAAGAGCAGAAGAAAAAUCCGGUGGCGAAGAGCCAAGGGUGCCCGCUUUCGCCGUCCGCCGCCAUCACGCACUCCUUGUUCCAGGACAGGAAGAUGCCUUUGAAGAGUGUAGCCGAGAAGAGGAUUCUGCCUCUCGCAGCAGUUGGCAUACACUUGUCCCAGGCGGUGAAAGCGGGCUACCCAGUCGACGUGGAGCGAGCGGGCCUGACUCCAGAGGUUCAGAAGAUUAUUACCGAUGUUAUUCGAAACCCCCCCAUCAACUCAGAGUUGAGCAAAAUUAAACUAAUUAGAAUGUAUGUUCCUGAAAACAUUGACACGUACCUUAUCCAUAUGGCGAUUGAGAUCCUGGGAAAUGACUGUGACAACAGACUGUUACACCAGCCUUCGUGUGAUCCCAACAAGAAGAGGUGUUUUCCCAACUCCGAAGGGAGCUGUUCAAGUCCUAAGAGAAGCAAAGAAGAAGCAGGCCCUGAUGGCAAGGUGUUAAUUGAUAAGAGUAACGGAAAUUCACUGACUUCUUGGCAUCAGCCACCCAGUGAUCCAAAAACAGAAGAUCUCUUUACAGAUUCACACUUACAGACCUCACCUGAAACUUCCAAGAGAACACUGCCUCCAUGGUUUGUUAAAGAAAGUGUGACCUCAUCCGAUAUCAGCACGAAGUCAGUGGCCAAAACCAAAAACAAGGGUCUCUUCGGUUAAAAUGGCAGCUGCCGGAGGAUUAUGUUUGUCUUGCUGUACAGAGGCGCUGUAUUUUGUUUCUGAAAAGACUGGGGAAUGACAUUUCAGUUUAAAAAUCAUUCUAUUCUCCAAGUAAAACUCACAUGUCCAUUAAUCAACUGGCAUCUUAAAACAGGCUUGUGUGCUUCCCUUCAGUUUGAGUCACCCGAGUGAGUGCAUCGUAGGGUUCCAAACGAGUCUCCUUUAGGGUUGCUUUAAGAAACGGUCAUUGCUUCGCUUUCAAAUCUCUGUAUUUCGGGCAUGUAUUUGGAAAGUGUGAUGUGUGGUGAUGUGAUACAGGUGUCAGGUGGUGAUGUGUGUGUGUGAUGCAAGACAUUCCUGCGUCACCCAGAUUCCCGUCUCGUGCGGGAAGAACGCAGCGAGUUCACAGGCCGUCUCCGCCAUCUGCACACAGUGCACCUCCACACACCGUUAGGUGCUGUCAGGGCGCCAGUGCAGAAACGCGGAACACCUGGCUCCCGUGCAAAUAGGGAAGAAGAAUACAGCAAAGGUGACCGGCUGCACUAGAACAUUGUCUUUUCUACAUGAUUUCUAUUAUUUUUUAAAAUAAUAAAUUAAAAAAUGUCCUUCAUACUGAAUGUUAUAAAGAUUAUACAUUAACCUGUUUUAAUAUAUUAAAGCAUUUAUGUAAUUAUCGUAUUGUUUGAGGAUGUCAGAAUCUGAUCGUAAAAUCUACUUAUGUGGCACAUAUAACUGAAAUAUCUAAAACCUGUACUGUUGAUACUGAUGUGAGUAAACCACAGUUAAUAUGGCUUUAAGCAGUUUAUCAGAUGGCCUUCCUUGACUUUUGUAAAUAAAAAUUACUGUCACUAAUACAUAAGAAAUACAUGAUUGUUGUAGAAUUAGAAAAUCCAGAGAACUGGAAAAAAAAAUCACCAGUAAUCCCACCAGCUAACUCCCUCUAUGACAUUGCCAUAACUUUUUUAUGCACUUUUUCUAAGUUUGUUACAUGAAAAAUACAUGACAGAAUUUUCUUUGUAAAACAUUCAAGUUGCACUUAAAACAUGACAGUGCCCAUACUCCUGUUUUCUCACAUCCCAUCACCUGCCCUAAACUUGAAGGUGACUUCUAUUAUAUGUGUGACAUAUGGUUCUUCAGUCAUUUGUUUUGUAUUUACAGGCCUUUGCAUGGGUAGCUAUACACGUUCUUAUCUUUUUAAACACAAAUGAGAUCAUGCUAUAUGCAAUUUUCUGCACCACAUUUUUUACGUAAUAUGAUGUGAAGCCCUUCCCAUUAGUUGUAUAUCGGUCUCAUUGUUUUUUACAGCUACAGACUUAUAUCCUAUAAUUUGUAUAAUCCCUUUUCUAUUGGUCAUUUCUGCUUUGUCAUUUUUCUAUAGUAGAUUGUUUUUAGAAGUAAAAUUAGAGUGAAACAUAAACAUGUUGUUUGUUGUAUUUCAUUUGUAUAUAUGUUGGACAUUUUUGUCAUUAAAUAGUCUUCCACAGCAUCUCGUUCUGUGGCUUUAUGUAGUACAGUGAUCCUCUAAGUGUGGUCUGCAGGCCAUCAGGACUCCCUGUAACCCUUCCAGGGGCCCAGAUGUUAUCUGUCUUUUGUAUUCCGUUGAUAUUUUGCAAUGAGGGUGCAAAGCGAUAGUGAGUAAAACCACUGGUGCUUCAGUGCAGAGCAAAGCAGUGGCACCAAGUUACUGUUUCUAUUAACUCUCAGUCCUUUUCAGUAUUCUACACUACACAAGGCAAGUUUGCGUAAAGGUCCUCCGCUACCAGAGUAUGAGGGUCUUCUCCAGGAAAAGCCCUGCUCUGAUCGUUUGAGUUGUGAGCUGAAUUGGUUGCUUUUUUUCCCCCACGGAACACCGUUUUUUACCGAGAACAGUGGCCGAUCGGGAACUAUGGUCAUUCAGACGUGGCUGUUUGGUGGACAUUUCCUUUCAAAACUGAACAAAGUCAACCUCUCACUUCAAGGAAAACUGAUUAUUUGUUGCCAAUGAUAAAAUUUGAGAUUUCCAGCAAAAUUUAUAAUUUUGAAAAACUCAUGUCUGCCACCAGGAGUUUGACAGCUUCCCACAGCACAGACUUUCCUAAUGAGAUGGUAGGGUGUGUUUUUUGUUUUUACAUUAUAUAAUGAUUUUUGUCAACAUGUAGGAGCUCUGCAUAACUCGGUGAACCAGUAUGUUCUGGAGGAUUAACACAGGAUCUUACGAUGUUCUGCAGGGUAAAAGAGUCAGUCCAAGUGCACGAUGGACCUGAGAACUGUAACAAAGCAGAGUAUGAAAGAAGCCGUUUUGGGUUGUUCACUGCAACCAGUCUUUAAGAAUCUAACCCUUGACCAGUUCGGAUGUAGUUUCAAAGAGGAAUAUCUACAAUUAUGUGGGAAGGCUACUAAAAUACUCUUCUCUUUUAUAACUGCAUACCAGUUUGAGGUCAAUCUUUCUUCACAGACUUCAGCCAAAACAGCGGAUGGAAACAUACUGAGUGAGGAAGCGGAUCUGAGGGCCCAGUCUCUCUGUUAAACCAGAGGCUGUCGCUUUUCUCACUCGGGGUGGGGUGGGGUGAGGUUUCAGAGACACGCAUUGAUGUUACAUGUAAUGGAUUUACUACUGCUGUUUUUAAAC